CGGCCGUGAGGACCGACCGUGCGCUGGGCUCUAGCGGGUUGGAGCGGCGGCAGUGGAGGGGACGCGCGGGCUGGCGAACUGACGGGCGGACGGCCCAUGUCGCCCCGCACCUGCUGAACUGGAGCACCCGAGGAUGUCUGCGCUGAGGAAGGCCUUCCCACCAUCCGAGGCCCGGCCGUAGCAGCCCGGUUUCCCAGCAGCUGCCCGUGAACACCCGGCCCGCACCGGCUCCGCCACCAUGGGGACUGCUCAGGUUUUGCCCGGCAUUCUGCAGAAGCAUUGCUGUAUAUUACCAGACAGGAACACAGAGUCCCAGUGUACCCUCUGCGGGGAGCCGGAAGAGGAAGAGGGCGGGGACCUGGCCCAGCCGGGCAUCAGCUUUCCGGGGCCGGCCGAGGAGGAUCUAGACCAGCAGCACUCAUGGUCCCCGACUCAGCACUUCAAUGAAGACAGGUACUCCCCUGCGCUGAGGACUAUGAAAGGCUUGUCCGGGAGUCGGAACCAGCCCCCGCUGUGCUCCGGCCACACCUGUGGCUUGACGCCCCCCGAGGACUGCGAGCACAGCCACGGCCGCCUGCACCGUGGCCCGGAGGCGCGGCAGCCCUACCUGCUCAGCCCGGCCGAGAGCUGCCCGAUGGACCAUCACCGCUGCUCGCCGCGGACCUCCGUCCACUCCGACUGCGUGAUGCUGCCGGUGGCGCUGGGAGACCACGUGUCCAGCAGCACCUUUCCCCGGAUGCACUACAGCUCCCACUACGACACCAGGGACGACUGCGCCGUGGCCCACGCUGGCGCCAAGGCCAACCGGAUCCCGGCCAACCUGCUGGACCAGUUCGAGAAGCAGCUGCCCCUGCACAGGGACGGCUUCCACACGCUGCAGUACCAGCGCGCGUCCGCAGCUGCCGAGCAGCGCAGCGAGAGCCCCGGCCGCAUCCGGCACCUGGUCCACUCCGUGCAGAAGCUCUUCACCAAGUCCCACUCCCUGGAGGGCUCGUCCAAGGGCCACGUCAACGGCACCAAGGGGGACGGCCGGGCGGACGAGCACGCCCACGGCCACCACUCCAAGCACGGCAAGCGGAGUAAGAGCCGGGAGCGCAAGGCCGAGGGCCGGCACCGCUCGGGGCUGAGCAGCUGGUGGAGCUCGGACGACAACCUGGACAGCGACAGCACCUACCGAGCCCCCAGCGCGCUCAGCCGCCACCACGCCGACCCCGCGGCCCACUGCUACCCCGACGCGCUGCCCGGCCCCUUCGCGGACCUCUCGCUGCGCAUUUCCAAGAGCAACAGCGACGUCAAGUGCUCAGCCUGUGAGGGCCUGGCCCUGGCGCCGGACGCCAAGCACAUGAAGCGCAGCUCCUGGUCCACGCUCACGGUGAGCCAGGCCAAGGAGGCCUACCGCAAGAGCUCCCUGCACCUGGACAAGCCGCUGGGGCCCCCGGAGCCGAAGCCGCCCCUGCGGCCCUGCCACUACCUGCAGGUGCCCCAGGACGAGUGGGGAGGGUACCCCACUGGGGGCAAAGACGAGGAGAUUCCCUGCAGGAGGAUGAGGAGCGGGAGUUACAUCAAAGCCAUGGGUGACGAGGAAAGCGGGGAGUCGGACUCCAGCCCCAAAAUGUCCCCCAAGUUGGCCCUCCGGCCGGAGCCCCUGCUCAAGUCCAUCGGACAGAGGCCGCUGGGAGACCUCCAAACCCAGAGCUACCUGCAAGCUGCCAGCGACGGGCCUGCCGGCCACAGCCUGGACCCCUCUGCCAACUACAGCUCCCCGAAAUUCCGCUCCCGGAACCAGAGCUACAUGCGGGCCGUCAGCACCCUCAGCCAGGCCAGCUGCGUCAGCCAGAUGAGCGAGGCGGACAUCAAUGGGCAGCUCGAGUCGGUGUGCGAAUCCGUCUUCAGUGAAGUGGAAUCUCAGGCCAUGGACGCCCUGGACCUCCCGGGAGGCUUCCGCACACGGAGUCACAGUUACCUCCGAGCCAUUCAAGCUGGUUACUCCCAAGACGAUGAACGUAUCCCCAUGGUGAUUCCCUCUGAUGUCAGCUCAACCACCAGACCCACGGCAGCCGCGUCCUACACCAACUACAAAAAGACGCCGCCGCCCGUACCCCCCCGCGCCACCUCCAAGCCUCUGAUCUCGGUGGCAGCGCAGAGCAGCACCGAGUCCACGCAGGACGCCUACCAGGACAGCCGCGCCCCGAGGAUGGCGCCCUGGCCCCAGGACGGCCGCGGCCUCUACACCUCCACGGACAGUCUGGACAGCAACAAGGCCAUGAGCCUGGCCCUGGAGACGGCCGCGGCCCAGCGCCAUGCCGCCGAGGGCCAGGGCGGCUCGGCACGGACCAGUGACAAGGCCACCGUCGUGUCCAAGGCCGAGGGCUUCCUCCAGAGCCGGCGCUCCUCCGUCGGGGUCCAGGAUUCUGAAUUCCCAGAGCAUCAGCCAUACCCAAGGUCAGAUGUGGAAACAGCUACCGACUCUGACACGGAGAGCCGUGGCCUGCGGGAGUACCAAUCUGUUGGCGUGCAGGUGGAGGACGAGAAACGAUGCGGACGCUUUAAGCGUUCCAACAGCGUGACGGCCGCGGUGCAGGCGGACCUGGAGCUGGAGGGCUUCCCGGGACAUGUCGCCACGGAGGACAAGGGCCUGCAGUUCGGGUCCUCCUUCCAGAGGCACUCGGAGCCCAGCACCCCGACCCAGUACGGGGCGGUGCGGACCGUCCGGACCCAGGGGCUCUUCAGCUACCGAGAGGACUAUCGGACCCCCGUGGACACUGCUGACCUGCCCCCUCCCGACCCCUGGCUGGACCCGUCCAUGGACACGGUGGAUGGCGGCCACGUGUCUCCGUGCCACAGGGACGGAGCGUGGUUUCUGAAGCUGCUGCACAGCGAGACGAAGCGGAUGGAAGGCUGGUGCAAGGAGAUGGAGAGGGAAGCGGAGGAGAACGACCUCGCAGAGGAAAUUCUCGGGAAAAUCAGGAGUGCUGUUGGGAGCGCCCAGCUUCUGAUGUCGCAGAAAUUCCAGCAGUUUUACUGGCUUUGCCAACAGAACAUGGACCCCAGCGCCAUGCCCAGGCCCACCUCGCAGGACCUGGCCGGGUACUGGGACAUGCUGCAGCUGUCCGUCCAGGACGUCAGCAUGAAGUUCGACGAGCUGCACCAGCUGAAGCUCAGCGACUGGAAAGAGGUGGCGUCCCCGGAGAGGAAGGAGGAAAGAAAGGUCCCCCCUCCAAUACCAAAGAAGCCCCCCAAAGGGAAACUUACCAUCACCAGAGAGAAGUCUCUGGACCUGCCGGACAGACAGCGCCAGGAGGCCCGGAGGCGUCUGGCGGCGGCCAAGAGGGCAGCGUCCUUCCGCCAGAGCUCGGCCAGCGAGCGGGCCGACAGCAUCGAGAUCUACAUCCCCGAGGCCCAGACCCGGCUCUAGGGCUCCGGGCCCGCCCCUCCCGCCCCUUCUCCCCAUCACCCGUGCCAUGCAUCGCAUCCCUGGUCACUCCUGUGUCACUCCUCCAGCGAGCUCGCCCCAGCUGUUGUGUUUGUGCCAUAAACACCCUGGAACACCCUGACGUCCACGGUUUGCGAGCUCACGGCCACGACGACUUCUCCCCGGAUGGCCUAGCUUCCCGUCAGCAGGGACGGAGAGGCACGGGGACACCUGACCUGCCCACCCUGCUCUCAGAGGGGACGCGGGACACCUGACCUGCCCACCCUGCUCUCAGAGGGGACGCGGGACACCUGACCUGCCCACCCUGCUCUCAGAGGGCACGGGGACACCUGACCUGCCCACCCUGCUCUCAGAGGGGACGCGGGACACCUGACCUGCCCACCCUGCUCUCAGAGGGGACGCGGGACACCUGACCUGCCCACUCUGCUCUCAGAGGGGACGCGGGACACCUGACCUGCCCACCCUGCUCUCAGAGGGGACGCGGGACACCUGACCUGCCCACCCUGCUCUCAGAGGGGGACGCGGGACACCUGACCUGCCCACUCUGCUCUCAGAGGGGACGCGGGACACCUGACCUGCCCACCCUGCUCUCAGAGGGGACGCGGGACACCUGACCUGCCCACUCUGCUCUCAGAGGGGACGCGGGACACCUGACCUGCCCACCCUGCUCUCAGAGGGGACGCGGGACACCUGACCUGCCCACUCUGCUCUCAGAGGGGGACGCGGGACACCUGACCUGCCCACUCUGCUCUCAGAGGGGGACGCGGGACACCUGACCUGCCCACUCUGCUCUCAGAGGGGGACGCGGGACACCUGACCUGCCCACUCUGCUCUCAGAGGGGGACGCGGGACACCUGACCUGCCCACUCUGCUCUCAGAGGGGGACGCGGGACACCUGACCUGCCCACUCUGUUCUCAGAGGGGGACGCGGGACACCUGACCUGCCCACUCUGCUCUCAGAGGGGGACGCGGGACACCUCUCGAGAUGGAACCCAGUUCACACCUUGUUAUUUAUAUUUUUAUAAAUUGUGUGAUAUUAGAGGCAAGAAUAACAAAAAAACUAUGAAUGGGUGCAUCUCACCACUCACUCGAGGCAUUAGACACCCAAGAGGAAGGUGCUACAGCUUGAGUGCAGGAAAGAAAGACCCCACCCAUGGCCUGGGGUCACCGUGCCCUGAACCCAGCUGACCCCUCACGUGGUUCUCUGUGCCAAGUCUAUGGUGAUGAGAAGUCAUCUCUCCAGCCACCAAGCUCCCCGCCAUGUGCUUCUCCAGAAACCUAGGGGGUGAGAAGUCUGCCCUCCGCCACAGAUAUUCAGCGCAGCAUCUACACAAUCAGAAAGUCAGCUGAAUGUUCAUUCACCCAGGGAGAGACAGAUGGAAACAGAGCAGAGUCUUAAGAAAGGCUGGCACUUCUGUAGCAGGAGUAGAAAGGGCAAAGAGUUGUCCUCACUCAGAUAAAAGAGUCAUUUAUUUUUUAUUCCUUUGUAACUUAAAAUGUCACACAUGGUUCUGUCUUUAAGUUUCACCCUUUAUGCACCAUGUGAUUUUUUUUUUUUUAUAGAUGUAUAUAUAUUCUCAAAUGCUCUGUCAGUUGACUUUCCAGGGUAUCCUUAAAAAACAAAACAAAACAAAAAAAAGUUUGCUUGUUUAAAAUGACAGUUGUGAUGUUGUAAAAAGUUUAAGAAACAUGAAUGUAAGUGGUAAGUAUCUCUCAGUUUAAAUGGUAAAGAAGAAACGUAGUUUACAUUUGUAUUUUUCCAGAAUUCUCUUGUCCUAUGCAGUAUGGCUAAAGUCAAGAAUAUAUUUCUUGCCUGUUUCAGACAAAAAGAAAAAGGGCACAUUGUGAUUUCCAGCUGUGGACUUCAGCAAAAGUCCUUCGUUUUCGUGGUUCUGAUUGGCACCAGAGAAAAAUAGGAAGGUCUCUAACGGAAGGUUUCCCAUUCGUCUCAUGAAAUUUAGAUGCCGUGACCGUUGUUCCAAUCCGACGGUGUGUGUGUCUGUUCAGACAUCACUUCAGAGGAAGCGCCUGUGGAUUUAUCCAUUUGACCCCAUACUAGAGUCCUCGCUGUGACUCCAGGUAAAAGCAGGUGACGCGGCGUUUCCGCCCGAACGCCGGGUCCCCUGCGGCCCCAGGGGUGCUGUGCCCCCAGCCCAGCAGCACAGACCCUGCCCCAUAGCACUUUGUUUUCUUACCUUGACUCGCACUUUAAGACGCACCCAGCUCUCCCCGCAGCCUGAUAAUGUAUGAGAGCCUUCGGUGAGGUCCUCGCACAGCUGGGGCGCACCUUAACGCCUGUAGCUUUUCUUUUUUCCUCAUAUUCUACAUUUCACGAAGCAUGGGGUUCGUAGGAGCACAGAUGAUAUUAAAGCAUGUUUAGCUUCAAAGUUUUACUUUUUUAAAGCUGAGUAGUUAAGAAUUCCCUGUAAGGACAAAACCCUGUAAAUGGAACCUCAUAUCUGGUAUAUAUUUUACCAAACAGCCUUAAAAUAUAUUUGGAAGCAAAAAUCAGUACGAAUGUAUAUCCUUGAAAAAUGCAAAAAAAAAAAAAAAAAAAAUUCCCUGAAAUAUUCUUCUAUAAAUGAAUCCUAUUUCCCCCAGAGUAUUCUAAACAUUUUUUUCUACCUAAAUAAAUACCUAAAUCCUGAGUAGUAUACAAUACUGAUGCUUCUUCCUAUAUUCAGUAUACUAUGUUAAAGACAAAUGUAUUUGCAAGCAUUGGCAUUUUAGACUUUAAACAUGAUGUAUUAUUAAGACAAACAGUUCUUUAGGAAUAACCACAGAAAACUCGGUGUGUACUCCUUCACGUGGGGAAAUGUAAACUGCAUACGUGCUUGCCAACCUACUCACGUGUGCCUCACCUGGAAGCUGAUGGGUGUUAUCUCAUUUCCUUGAACUUGUACAAAAUAUAUACCAACAAGUUAUAAAAUUAGACAAUAAUGAUUUUAGAUCCCAGAUUCCCUGAUCCUGACUUAAACCAAAGUACUCACUGGAUUUGGAUUAAUUUUCUUUAUGUUUUGUAGACUCAUUUUUAUCUUAAAAUCCCCCAAAGUCUUGGCCUAAACCAUCCCUUGGUUAGCAAAUUCACCUACAACUAAAUUUGACAUCAGUUGUUGAUGUGAAGUGGGGAACGUGUACGAACCCCUGUUUGGUCCACGUUGUUCCAAAGAAGGUCGUGUGACGGGGGGCAGGGGGGAUGCUUGCGGCUGGGUCUGAUGAAAUGGUACCCGUUUGUGUGACAUGACCAAGUGCAAUAUAUCCGUUCUCAUGGUGACAUCCCAUCAUGAAAUGCAGACGAUAAGCCAUGUUUACACAUUGUACAUGUAAAGAAAAAUAAAACUGUUUAUAAUACUUGUGUUAGUC